UUAUUUCAGCAUGGAGGCGAUCGGAGAGCUUGGACUAAUUCCAACUAUUUCAGAAGAUGAUUCUGUCGAUAUUGUGGAUGAAAAUUCAAGCAGUGAUGAUGAAGAAACAUCAGUACAACAGCAGAAAAAGAAACGAAAGCUUCAAAAGAAAGACUUUAACAAAAGUUUUGUUUUCACUGAUGAGUUUGAAGAGAACAAUCUGUUUGAUUUGGAUGUUGCCCUAAAGAUGGCGAAACGAAAAAAGGCUGUUACGACCCUGGAUGAGAAGAUAGCACAUGCACGUAGACAAAGGAAGAAAGAGAGUAAUGAUGAUUUGUUGUUAGAUGCCCCAGACCUGGCCGAUUCGGACUCCUCAGGAGAAGACCUGGAGGUAGCAGAUGUGAAAGAUACUGUAAAGACAAAGGAUAAGAGAAAAAGAAAAAGAAAGAAAUAUGAAGAGGAGGAAGAACCAGAGAAAAUAGAAUUUUCCGAAAACAUUGACACAUAUGAUGAUAAUUUGACAUUUCAAGACAUGGGUGUCUCCCGGCCAUUAUUAAAGACUCUGGGCACCAUGAAGUUUGAGCGCCCGACUCCGAUUCAGGCUGCAACAAUUCCUGUUGCUUUACGAGGGAAGGAUAUCUGUGCUUGUGCUAUCACUGGCUCGGGUAAAACUAUUGCAUUCAUGUUGCCUAUCUUGGAACGAUUACUGUACAGACCGAAGUAUGCUUCUGUGACAAGAGUGCUCGUCUUAGUACCGACUCGAGAGUUGGCUGUGCAGGUUCACACAGUCGGCAGGCAGCUCGCCCAGUACACCAAUAUUGAAAUUUGCUUGUCGGCUGGUGGUCUUGAUUUAAAGAGUCAGGCUGCAGCACUGAAAAUGGGUCCGGAUGUUGUCGUAGCAACACCCGGUCGGCUAAUUGACCACCUCCAUAACUCUCCAAACUUCAGCCUGGACAGCAUAGAGAUUUUAGUGCUGGACGAAGCUGACCGAAUGUUGGACGAGUAUUUUGCUGAGCAGAUGAAGGAGAUUAUCCGACUCUGUUGUCGACAGCGGCAGACCAUGCUGUUCUCGGCUACUAUGACUGAACAGGUACAAGAACUGGCAGCUGUCUCACUGAAGGACCCAGUAAAGGUGUUUGUCAAUGAAAACACAGAUAUGGCCCUGGGUCUUCGACAAGAGUUUGUCAGAAUUCGACCCCACAGGGAAGGAGACAGGGAGGCCAUUGUAUCUGCCCUGGUGAGUCGUACGUUCUGUGACAAGUGUAUGGUCUUCAUCCAGACUAAGAUCCAGGCACACCGCAUGCACAUCAUCCUCGGCCUCCUCGGGGUCAGGGUCGGAGAGCUGCAUGGAAACCUCUCACAGGCACAGCGAUUAGAAACACUGAAAAACUUCAAGGAAGGUUUGAUAGACGUUCUCCUGGCAACCGAUCUCGCUGCUCGAGGUCUUGACAUUGAAGGAGUGAAAACUGUUAUAAAUUUCACAAUGCCGAACACAGUCAAGCAUUAUGUCCACCGAGUUGGGAGAACUGCUCGAGCUGGCAAGAAAGGAAGAUCUGUGACUCUUGUUGGAGAAAAGGAGAGGAAGCUGUUAAAGGACAUUGUGAAGCAGGCGAAGACACCAUUAAAAAGUAGACUCAUCCCACAAGAGGUGAUAACGAAGUACCGGGACCGGAUCACUGCGAUGACGGGGGAGGUCGCUCAUAUUGAGAUGGAGGAGAAGGAAGAGAAGGAGAUGCAGGCAGCCGAGAACAAGAUGAACCGCGCCACCAACCUGCUGGAGAACCCAGAUGAGGCGAGGAAAAACAAACGUGGCUGGUUCCAGACGCACCGAGAGAGACUCCAGGAAAAAGAGUCACUGAGGCUGGGAGAGCUGACGUUGACCAAACACCAGAAAAAGAAAUUGGAAAAGAAGAAACUUACACCUGAAGACAGGGUUGGAUUUGAAAUCACCAAAUCCCAGAUGUAUGCCGCUCGGGCUUCCAAGAAAUCAUUCAAACCUGAACGGAUACGAGUUCAUCCCAAAGACCUUGAGAAAACAGUGAAAAAGAAGAAAUCUAAACAAAAACGAAAGACUGCAUUUGAUGAGGAAUUAACGAACACUGGAAAGAAGGCUCUUAAAAUGUUUAGAUCAGGGCCUUCCUAUCAGGAAAGAAAAGAACUUGGACUGCUUGGAAACAAGAACAAAAACAAGCAGCAGAAUAAACGAAGACGAGGCAGAUGACGAUGAUCCUGAUGAUAUAUGGACGGGUGCUGCAACUUGUAAAAAUAAACAAUUUAUUUACA